UAACAUUUCUAUAAUAAAAUAACAUUAUCAUAUAAUAUUUUUGUUUUUAGAAUAAUAUUAUUCAUCUGUAUAUGUCAUAAUGCUUUCGUGCAGUUUAUGUCAGUUCAAGACUACUUCCUUGCAGUAUUAUGCACAACAUUACAGUGUUCACAGUUGUGCGUAUAAGAUUCCGUGCGGAAUUAUUGGAUGCAAAAAAUCUUUUAGUACUUUCAGGGCUUUUACUUCACAUAUUCAUUGUAUCCAUGUUGUUGGCAAUAUUACAAAAUCAAUAAAUAACUUUGUUAAUAUAGAAAAGAUAGGAAUAUGUUCAGUUUUGACUUGUCAAGUUGAACUACCUUUUAAUGAACUUAUAGUGCAUUUAAAACUACAUAUUAAAAAAAGGGUUUCUAUUAAAUGUCCAUAUGAAGAAUGUACUUGCCGUUACAAAGUUAUUUCUUCAUUCACAGCUCAUUUAUCCAGAUGUCAUCAAAUCCACAAAACAACAUUUGAGCAAAGCCAAAUAAAUAUUUCAUCUUCAGAAACUAAUCUUGAUCAUUUAAAUAUUGAUAAAAACAUUGAUGCAAAUGAAUUUAAUAUUAAUGAUAUGAUUCAUAACAUUGGUUUAUUUCUAUUAAAAUUACAAUGCCAAUAUCAUAUUCCAUCAACAACAAUUCAGUUUAUUGUGACUGAAAUGUUAAAUCUGAACACAAUAAAUCAAUAUCAAACUGAAAGGAUAUUAAUUGAGAAAUUGUCAUAUUACAUUCCUGAAAAAGAUGUACAUAACAUUAUUCAAGCAGUGAAAAUGAAAGAUCCAUUUGUAAUUGGAUUUUCUAAAGACAGAGGCUUAUUGCGAUCUACGUAUAUCAGAAAAGAAUACUAUAAAAAAAAUAUGAAUUUUGUUGGACCUAUGGAAAUUUCUUUAGGAAGAAACGAACAUGGUUUUGAAUGCUACACAUAUUAUGUUCCAAUUAAAGAAACAUUAAAAAGAAUAUGUCAAAAUACAAAUUUUGCUUCUUUAAUCUCUCAACAGGCCAAUAUCAAUCCAAGUUCUUGUUCAUAUUCAGAUUAUUUUGAUGGAGAAGCAUUUCUGAACAACCCGUUUUUUCAGAAGCAUCCAAAUUCAUUGCAUCUGAUUUUAUAUCAAGAUAGUUUUGAAUUAGUUAAUCCCCUUGGCUCUGGAAGAAAUAAACAUCAAAUUUCAGCUACAUACAUGGUCGUUGCAAAUUUGCCACCUCAUCUUAGAACCAUCUUAAAUAAUAUUUAUCUUGUGCAAUUAUGUCGGGAUAAAAAUUUGAAGUCUUUUUCUCAAGUUACAGUUUUUAAAGAAUUAAUAAGAGACUUGAAAAGUCUUGAAGUUGACGGAAUUCUAGUUGGUAUAAAACUUUAUAAAGCUGGUGUUGUUGCUAUUUUAGGAGAUAAUUUAGGUAGUCAUUUUUUAGGUGGAUAUUCACUUGGAUUUAAUUCUAAAAAAGGCCAUAUUUGCAGGUUUUGUCUUUUGAAAGGCAAUGAGCUUCAAACAUUACCUUAUACAGCUGUUAUACGGUCUGUUGAGCAUCAUAAAAGUUGUAUUAUAACUUUAAAGGCAAAACCUGAAGAUCGGUUUGUUUUUGGUGUGACACGAGACUCUAUAUUCAAUGAAUUGGAUUCCUAUCAUGUUUGUGCACCAGGUUUACCGGCUUGUAUUGCACAUGAUUUGUUUGAAGGUGUCAUUCAAUAUGAUUUAGCUUUGUCAAUAAAAAAACUAGUCAAGGAUGGUUGUUUUACUUAUUUACAUAUUAAUGGUGCAAUAAGAAGAUUUUCUUUCCGUGGUGAUGACAGAGCAGAUUGUCCAGCGCUAUUAACAUCUAAAUGUGACAAAUUAAAAGGUCAUGCCGUUCAAAAUUGGGUUUUUUUACGUUUUCUUCCCCUGCUUUUAAUGGAUCGAAUUUUUGAUUUUAAUCAUGCUGUAUGGCAGCUUAUACUUUUGCUAAGAGAAAUAACAGAGCUCAUUUGUGCAAGUAAAGUUUCAUUAUCUCAAAUCUUAUUUUUGCAACACUUAAUUAAUGAGUACCUUGAACAAAGAAAAAAAUUAUUCCCUGAUAUUCCACUUCGUCCUAAACACCACUACAUGUAUCAUUACCCAUUUUUGAUUAUGAAGUGUGGACCUCAAAUAACACUAUGGACAUUAAGAAUGGAGAGUAAGCACAUAUUCUUUAAAAGAUCUGAUAGAAGUGCUCAAAAUUUUAUUAAUAUCACAAAGCAUUUAGCAGGGGCUCAUUAACUGUUGCAGUCAUACGUAUGUAGCGAAAAUUCAUUUUCUAAUAAUAAUGACGGUGGUUCAGAUGCUGUUUGUUUUGAUGGCUCUAUGUUUUCAGUUGAAAUAACAGAAGCAAUUGCUGCUAUUCCAUACACAGAGAAGUUUUGUUCAUUUAAAAUGACAUAUAAGGGGACCACAUAUACUAGAGACCAGUUUGUUUUAAUACAUCACAACGAGGGAGUUUUUAUAUUUGGAAAAAUUAUUUUAUCUGUUUUUCUAGUCAAAAUCAGUUUUGCCUUGUGCUAAAAAAAUACCAUUCUGAAUGGAAAUAUAAUUAUGGGUUGGUACUAGUGGAAUGCGACUUGGCAAGUAGACCUUAUUCUAUACCAAUUGACAAUUUAGCUGAUUAUUGCCCAUUAUGGGGUUAUAAGAUUGGUUCAAAUGUAUAUUUAGCUUUGAAACAUGCUAUAUUUAACAAAUAAUUAAAUGAUUAUUUAUCUGUGUAAGAUAUUUCAACUUAAUGAAAAAU